CAAAUAGUUAGAUAUUAAUUUUUCUUUCUUUUUUCAACUAAAACAAUUACAAUUUAUUUAAGGACCGUCAUACAAUUAUCUCGGUUACUCAAAGAUCCUACUACCAACCAUACUGUCACUUAUCCUAUCACUAGGUGAGGUCUAAUGAUUUCCAAUGGACAACUUAAUUGCUCAUGGUUUGACUCAUAAAUUAUACGAUAAACGGAAAUCUACUGCAUACGAGUUGGAACGUGUUGUUCGACAGUACUUGGAAAAAGAUGAAACAGACAAGGUGCAGGAUGUAAUCAAUGAGCUAGCAGACAAUUUCAUUUAUUCACCUACGAAAGGAUCUAAUGCUGUCUUUGGCGGACUUAUUGGUCUAGCAGCCGUUGCUAUCGCUCUAGGUCCGAAAAUUGACAGAUAUAUGGAGUCAAUUAUAAUGCCAGUACUAUACUGCUUUAACGAUUCCGAUUCCAAGAUCCGUUACUAUGCAUGCGAAAGCAUGUAUAAUAUUGGCAAAGUAGCUAAAGGAGAAGUGUUUCGCUUUUUUAAUCUUAUGUUCGAUGUAUUAUGCAAGUUAUUUGCUGAUACGGAAAUCACUGUUAAAAACGGGGCCGAAUUGUUGGAUAGAUUGGUUAAAGACAUCGUCAUUCAACAAGCUUCAACAUACAUGUCGAGUGUGGAAAACUUGGAUAAUUUUAAAGACAAAACAGCUACCUCAUCUAUGCAGGAUGUUCCAGUUUUAUCUUGCGAAUCCUCUCAAAUGCAAACAUUUUCACUUGCUAAGCUCGUUCCUUUGCUUUCAGAAAGGUUGUACGUAAUAAACCCGAAUACGAGAAUGUUCUUAGUUUCCUGGAUUCGACUGUUAGACAGCAUUCCAGAUCUUGAAUUCAUUUCGUACUUACCUUAUCUUCUGGAUGGGCUUAUGAACUACUUGAGUGAUCCUAAUGAGAGUAUUCGAAUUGUUACGAGUAAUUGUUUAUACGAUUUUCUGAGAGAAAUUCAGAGAAUAGCCAAAGUCAAGUACCAUAUCCUUCAACGUGAUGAAGAAAGUGAACCUGAUUUUUUUAAUUUGAUGAUUCGUCGAGUUACAUCUGAUUCGGAAAUGCAGGAAAUUUCAGAAUACGUGGAAGGUUCGCUGAAAGACGGCUCCUUUAUCUUGGAAGCUCAUAUACAAAUUGAUUGCAAAAAAAUUUUAGAAAUAAUUGUCAAUCAUUUGGGUUCGCCUGUACCUCUUAUACAAGAAAAGGCAUUGAAAUGGCUUUACGAGUUUAUAUAUAUUUCACCAAAGGACGUUCUCUUCUUAAUUUCAAAGAUAUUAGAAAAUCUUUUGCCUUUAAUGUCUAAAGGAGAAAAUAUCCGUCAAAUCGCCAAAGAACUCAGUCAAAACCUGGUCAUCUUAGUAAGUAAAGUGAUGGAUAUUGAAAUUUCUGAACUUGAUACCAGUCAAAAUGAUAAAAGCCUAAGCGUUGAUUUCCAUACAUUGAUAGAAGUUUUACAGAAACUUCUUUCUAAUGAUAACGAAGAAACUCGUCUAUGUUCUCUUGAAUGGGUUUUACUAUUGCAAAGGAGGGCAGGUGGAAAACUUAUUUGUAUGCAUGAUACAAUAUUUCAAACGUUCUUGUUGCAGUUAUCAGAUCCCAGUGACUUGGUUGUUUCUCGAAUUUUGGAACUUCUAGCUUAUAUCGCCAUCUCUCAUAAAAGUGAAAAUUUGGUUCCUUUCUUAAAGUAUCUAUUACAAAUGUUUUCUGAAGACAGGAAAUUUAUGAAUUCUCGUGGUAAUCUCAUUAUUCGUCAACUAUGCAAUCAUAUUGAAGGAGAACGGGUUUAUACUGCAUUUGCUAGUAUUUUGGAAGUAGAAGAGAACUUGGAAUUAGCAAGCACGAUGGUUGAGGUUUUGAGUAAUAAUUUAUUUACAGCUCCCGAAUUGUUUGAUCUUCGGAAAAAGCUUAAGCAAAGCUCUCUUAAACUACAGAACAUCUUCACAACCCUUUAUCGUGCAUGGUGUCAUAACUCUGUUGCAGUCUUUGCUUUAUGUCUUUUGUCUCAAAACUACGAGCAUGCAGCAAACCUCUUAACUGUAUUCGCUGAGAUUGAAUUUAAUGUCGACAUGUUGAUUCAGUUAGACAAGUUGGUGCAACUUAUAGAGUCACCGGUUUUUACAUACAUGCGUUUGCAACUUUUGGAACCUGAAAAGUAUCCUUACCUUCAUAAAGCCCUGUACGGAAUUCUAAUGCUGUUACCCCAGUCUUCUGCCUUUAGAACUUUGCGGGACCGACUCCAAUGUACUACCGUGACGAAGAGUAGUGUUUUAUUACCAAAUGAACGCAUCAGCAGAACACGAAGAGAUGAUCCUUACUGGUCUGAUUUACUGGAACGGCUACGUACAGUACAGCUUUCUCAUCAAAAUAAUUACCGGGAACCAAUACGGGCAACUAAAUUGGCUUUAGCAGGAGCACUGCCUUCAGUUCCGACAGCCACCACGAUAUCGACAACUACGUCGGCCUCAGGAAUAACAACUACUGCCAGCAAUUCUAAGGAUCUAAUUGCUAAUAGGUUUCCUCAUGCUGCAGCAGCACCACCGGGAACCCGAAAGAAAUCCAAAUAAUUGACUAUGAUUAAAUUUUUGCAAAACAGACGUACUUAUUUAGAGAUGAUUAUUUAUUCAUACUAUGAUUAAUUAUGAAACGCUUAGAUUAUAUAUAAAAUUUUUAAUGAACUUCACACGAGAAGCGUUAUCAUG